AGGAUAUCCUACUGAUGACAGCUGACAGAGCCACUGUUGCUCAGUGACAUGGACAGACCGGAGCCAACUCUGUUCCGCCUGGAGCAAGGCUUUGAGCUGCAGUUCCGUCUUGGCCCCACCCUCCAGGGAAAGGUUGUCCAAAUCUACACCAACUAUCCUAUCAAAGGUCACAGAUUUGAUUGCCUCAGCUUCCAUCUUUUGGAAUGGAUGUACCCGAGUGGCAGGAAGGACGACUGUGAUAAGUACUGCAGUCUGGAUUUAAUUGUGGCUGGAUCCUACCAGUACUACUUCUCAUGUGGGGACAAGGAGAAGGUGAGCAGCGGUUACAUCGUGGUUGAUCCUGUGCUGAGCGUGGGAACCUCAGCCAACAAUGACGUUCUCCCACUGGACUGCAUCACCAGCCAAAUACAUGUGACCACCCGUCUCGGCCCGCUGGACCAAUGGCUCGACAAGGUUCGAGUUGCCAAGGAGACUGGAUACAACAUGAUCCACUUCACCCCGCUGCAGAAGCUUGGCAUGUCUGGCUCCUGCUACUGUGUCGCUGAUCAGCUGGAACUUAACCCUGACUUUUCACCUGAGGUCAAACACUACACCUGGUUGGACAUCAAUAAUUUGGUGGAGAAUCUGAGGAAAGACAUGAACAUGGUCUGCAUUACAGAUGUGAUCUAUAACCACACAGCUGCUGACAGUGAGUGGAUUCACCUUCAUCCUGAGUGUGGUUACAAUCUGGUUAACUCUCCUCACCUCAAACCUGCGUGGCUCCUUGAUAGAGCCUUGUGGCACCUCGGCUGUGAGGUGGCUGACGGGAAGUAUGCUGAAAAAGGGAUACCAGCACUUAUUCAAAAUGAGGAGCAAAUAAAUGCUCUAAGGUCUGUCCUGGUGGAAAUGUUCUACAAUCUCAAGCUGUGGGAGUUCUUACAGGUCAGCGUGGAUGAAGCAGUGGAGAAGUUCAGUGAGCUGCUUCAGCUUGGCAAUGUGGGUGCUUGGUCCAAUACACAGUGUACCACGAAGCUGAAGAUUGUGCAGGAUUUUCAGCACAGACGGUUUGGGAACACAGUGGACAUGAAGUCUGCCCUGGAUAUCUUCACACCUCACAGUCGGAGCCCAUCAGACAUCCAAGAGUGUUGUAACAAUUUCAGGAGAAGCUUGGAAGAUUUGAACUUGGAAUUCAAUAAGAAGAUGAAACACCAUGCACAGGAAGUGACAAACAACAUUUUGGCAAAUGUUGUUUAUGAUCGUUUGGCUGAUGAGGGGCCAAAGAUUGGACCAGUUACACGGAAAAAGCCUCUUUUUACCAGGUAUUUCAAUUUUCCUUUUGAAGAGAUGUCCUUUGAUGAAGAAGUGCAACUAAUGAACAAUAUGGAGAAGGCGCAUUACGUCAUGGCUUAUGAUGGCGUUGUGCUAGGAAGCGAUCCAGUCUGGAAUUUUGCUGAACCAGGAUCUGAUGUCUACCUCAGGAGGGAACUGGUCUGCAAAAGUGACAUGAUCAAACUUCGUUAUGGGCAGAAACCAGAGGAUUGUCCUUACCUGUGGGCUCAUAUGAAGAAAUACACAGAGAUCACAGCCAAGAUCUUUGCUGGUGUUUGCCUGGUCAACUGUCAGUCCACUCCUUUGCAUGUGGCUGAGGCGAUGCUUACAGCAGCCAGAACCAUCAGGCCUAACCUCUAUGUGGUAGCUGCACUGUGUUCCAGUAGCCAGCCUAUUGAGAAUGUACUUAUAAAGCAUCUGGGAAUCACCACUUUGAUUCAAGUUAUUAACGACCAUAGCAAUGGAACUUGGCACUCUUGGUAUGGGAAUGAGCCAGUGGGUGGCUUUGUUCAGCCCAGCAUCCAGCCUCUACUCCCAACUGUCACUCACACCAUGUUAAUGGAUGUCUUGCUCAACAACCAGGAUCCAGUCAAGAAUGUUUCCGUGUAUGACUACCUGCCUGCUUCUGCUCUUGUCUCAAUGUCCUGCUGUGCUACAGGCAGUACGAGGGGAUAUGAUGAAUUGCGUCCUCAUCAGAUAUCUGUGGUGAGGGAGGAUGAUCAGUACACCUGCUGGAACACUGAGGCUGAAACCUUUGAUAUGACUGCCGUUAAUCUACAGACCGGCAUCCUGGCAUGCAAGCUGGCUCUCAACAAACUCCACCAACAGCUGGCUGCUCAAGGCUUUACUCAGGUGUAUGUGGAGCAGUUGGGGAAGGAUGUGGUUGCAGUGACCAGACACUGCUCCAGCAGCCACCAGUCUGUGGUAGCCGUGGUACGAAGGGCCUUCGAGAAUCCGAAGGAGCACCAUUCUCUAGAUGAUGUUCCACCUCUGUUCAUACCAGGGCAGAUUGAGGAGCUGGUGUUGGAGGCUCAAACUAUUUUAAGGAGCACAAAGUUCGACAGUAAAGAUGAGCAUUCUGCCAGUACCCUGCCACUGUACACUGUAGAGAGCAAAGAACACAUACAGGUAAAUGAGAGUAAGCUGAUUCAUAAAGAAGACAUGGUGUCCAAAAACAACAAAGACUUUGUGCAGAAGAUCACAUUUGGCAAGUUCACAUCUGGCUGUAUCGUCAUCUUCAGGGUGAAUCUGGAACCAACAUCCCAGGAGCAAGUUGGGGCUCUAAGACACCACCUGGUACAAUUUAGCCCUCAGUACCAAACUGGCAGCCUCAAAACAGCUGAAGACAGCACUUCCACUGUUCUCAGCAUGCCAUUAAUGACUAUUAUGUCUACACUGACUCUGGUCGACUUGAACAUGCUGCUGUUUCGCUGUGAUGCUGAGGAGAAAGAGGAUGGGGGAGGAUGCUACAACAUUCCUUCAUGGUUACCGCUCAACUAUGCUGGCUUGCAGGGGUUGAUGUCUGUGAUGUCUGAGAUUCGUCCUAAGAAUGAUCUUGGUCAUCCAUUUUGUGACAACCUGAGGCAGGGAGACUGGAUGGUUGAUUAUAUCACCGACAGACUGCUGAGCAAGACUGGGGCAGUGAGAGAGGUGGGCCGAUGGUUCCAGGCCAUGUUCACCUAUCUGAAGCACGUCCCUUAUUACCUGGUGCCUUGCUACUUUGACACUAUCGUGCAGGGAGCUUACACCACUGCUCUGAUGGCUGUUUUCAACCAGAUGUCCAGCUUUGUGCAGAAUGGUUCCAGCCUGGUUAAACAACUGGCCCUUGGUUCGGUGCAGAUGUGUGGUGUGUCUCAUUGCUGUCCGCUGCCCCCUCUCUCCCCUCGUCUGAAAGAUGCCCCUCACUGUGUCAGUGAAUUUGCUUAUCAAGACAAACAGCACUGUGUUUCACUGGCAGCAGGUCUUCCUCAUUUUUCUGUUGGAGUAUACCGCUGUUGGGGUCGUGACACCUUCAUUGCUCUGAGAGGUUUGAUGCUGCUGACUGGCAGACACCUAGAAGCUCGGAACAUCAUUCUGGCAUUUGCAGGCACUCUGCGCUAUGGACUGAUUCCCAACCUGCUGGACCAGGGCACCGCUGCACGCUACAACUGCCGUGACGCUGUGUGGUGGUGGCUGCAGAGUAUACAGGAAUACUGCGCAUUGGUACCAGAUGGUACUUCCAUCCUCAGUUGCCCUGUCUCCAGGAUAUACCCAACUGAUACAUCUGAGCCUCAACCUGCUGGAUCAUGGGAUCAGCCCCUGUAUGAUGUUAUCCAUGAAGCCAUGCAUCGACACAUGCAAGGAAUCCAGUUCAGAGAAAGUCUUGCUGGAACACAGAUAGACCCGAACAUGACUGAUGAAGGGUUCAAUGUGAUGGCUGGAGUUGACCAGAACACUGGAUUUGUCUAUGGUGGAAAUUGUUUCAACUGCGGAACCUGGAUGAACAAAAUGGGUGAGAGUGAAUUUGCCCACAACAAGGGAAUCCCUGCAACACCAAGGGAUGGCUCUGCUGUGGAGAUAGUGGGCCUCUGUAAGUCAACUCUGCGUUGGUUAGUCAACCUCCAUAAGGAUGGUCACUUUCCCUAUGCAGAAGUCACCAUAUGCCACAAAGGGAACACUCAUUCUGUAUCAUAUGUUGAAUGGGAUCAAAAGAUCCAGGAGAAUUUUGAGAAGAAAUUCUACAUUUUCCACGAUCCUCAAGACCCUGAAGAUAACCAUCCAGAGCUGGUGCACAAGAGGAGCAUCUACAAAGACAGCGUGGGUGCUUCCAGCUCCUGGUGUGACUACCAGCUGAGACCUAACUUCCCCAUCGCCAUGGUGGUGGCUCCAGAGCUGUUCACCAUACAGAGAGCAUGGGUGGCUCUGGAGGUAGUUGAGAAGAAGCUCCUUGGGCCUCUGGGGAUGAAGACUUUAGACCCUGACGACAUGGUGUACUCUGGUAUCUAUGACAACAGCCUGGAUAACACAAACUUCAAUCAAGCCAAAGGCUUCAACUAUCACCAAGGCCCAGAAUGGUUGUGGCCUUUAGGGUAUUUCCUACGUGCCAAACUCUAUUUUGCCAAGCAGUUGGGAAAGGAGCCAUAUGACGAAACAGUUUGUCAGGUGAAAACCAUCCUAUCUCGUCACUCUGUCCACUUGGAGAGGUCACAAUGGAAGGGUCUCCCUGAACUGACCAACAAGAAUGGCCAGUACUGUCCCUUUAGCUGUGAGAGCCAUGCAUCAUCCGCUGCUACAGUCCUGGAAGUCCUGUAUGACCUGUAUGAUCCCCUACAGCACCAAGACUACUGACCCUCCACCUGGCGACACGCAAUGCCUCUUUCAUCAACUAACAGUAAAAGAUAGAAACGGUAGCUCAGAUGGGACAGUCACAUGGACAUUUUCAUGAUAAAUUUUUUAUCCCAAGAAGUCAUUGUGUUUAGCUGCUAAGCUCCUCUCAGCAACAUGUGGUAUAUGCAGCAUUAAAGACAGUAGUGAAGUCAGAAAACCCUCAAUGUGAGCUAAAAAGUGGGUGCUUACUUAAUCACCUCAGAAAA